AUGUCCGCCAGACCCGUUCUCCGCACACUUUGGCCUCGAUGUUCGGGAGCUCCGGUGCGACUUGGCCUGGAGAACCAGUUUACAUCGCCGUGGCGUUCUUUUGCUUCGAGUUCCCCUCGCUGUGCUGCCCCUAAGCAACCAAAGCGUGCGCCUCGAACUGUCGCGCAAGCCUCCGCGCAACCCUCUCCGCAGCCUGCGACGCCUUCGAUUCGUGCCACAGUACCUUUUAAAGAUGCUGGAAACCUGGGUAAAUUGAACAUCAAGGUGGCAAGACUGGGAGAAGUGUUAUUAUUCAAGGCACCCAAAAAGCGUGUCUAUGUUCUGAGUGCAUAUGGCCUGUUCGCAGCCUGUAUGGCAUUUUCUGUGUAUCAUGCAGAGACCUACGUCGCAAAUGAAGACCCCAGGCUGCGCCAACCCGCUUGGGUGAAGGCUAUGAUGGGUGGUGUUUGCGUGAUCAUGAGUGGUCUCGGUGUUGUUGCCUUGAGCAGGACACAUAAUAUCGUCCGCAAGAUGACAGCUUUCCACUCCCAACACACCUAUCUUCGCUUCGAAGUCCGGCGCCUAGUGCCUUUUAUGAAACCUCGCACGUUUGAUGUGUUACCCUCGCAGGUUUCUUUUCGUCGUCGACUUGUCGUCUCACCGCAGGGCGCCGCACGGUAUCAAAGGGACAGCAUGAAGGUUGGACGAGCGGAUCAACCACAGAAAAGCGUUUUCAAGGCACCAAUUGAGGGGCUGAGCCGUGUUUGCUGGGGAGCUUUUAUGUCUGUACGUCAGCUUUUCACCCAGGAAGACUUCAUCCUCUUGGAGAUUGAUGGCAAAGGCAUCUUCCGAGUGGACUCCAAUGGCGUUUUAACGGAGGAUUUCCUGGCUCUUGGUAACCCUGUUAAAUUCACCGAUCAUUAA